GCACACGCGUGUCCGUCUUCUACACUGGAUAGGAUUAAACUGCAUUUUUAGGGUUUUAGAGGGAAAAAGGGUAAAGGAAUAUGAAAUCCGGCAAUAGUAGUUUUUUCAAAAACACAGAUAAUAGAUUGAUGGCCAAUUAGGGUUUGAGACCGAAAAGGAAAUUCGGUAAUAGUUGUUUUUUUAUAAAUCUUUCACAAUCACUGUCUGCCUAAAAACGCCUUAAUUUUCAAUUAAAAUUUGUAAACUCUACGGUAGACGGUGCUCCAGCAUUGUUCGUGACUUCGCGGUGUGGGUUGCAUCAAUUUUAUUUAUUUUUGUUCGUACUCUUCUUCACAGCCAUGGUUAGUUCCCCUAAUAUUCCUCCUGCAAAUGUGACUAUAUGCCUGCAAUGUGGUGACCGGGGAUACACUAAUGCUUUAGUUUUCUGUGUCGAGUGUCUGGAAUUUGCUGUGCAUCGGUACUGCCUAGAUGAUAUUCCAGAUACUUUAGAUGAAUUUGUGAGAUGGGUUUGUGAUGACUGCAAGGCUAAGGUGCCAAACCAACUUAUUGUCCACAAUUCUGAGAAAACCAAUGAUGGGAAAGUACAUGGGCGAGUAAGUAGUUCCUUAGAUCAAUCUUGUGAUGCACAAGCAAUUGUUACCAUCGAUACUCAAGCUCAGCCCAAAAAGUUGAAUUUGGAGGAGAAACAUAAUGCUAGUUUCUUGGUAGUUGAGGAAGACGGACAAAGACAACUAAGCGGUUCCUUUAAUCAACAUCGUGUUGAACCCGUUGGCUGCAAUACACAGGCUCAACUAGCUGCAUGCCAUGAGCCAGGACUGCCUGUUAUUGAUGUUAUUUGGGAGGGAUGUUUCAAAAUAUGCAACAAAGAUUAUGACAUCUUUGAUGGACUUGUAGCUCAUUUAUCAGUUAAAGCGCACGAAAAGGUUUACAAGGAAGCAAAUUCAUUUCCACCAAUGCUUAAACUGGAGAUGCUUCCCAAAUCUGUUGUUUGGCCUAAGAGUUUCCUUACCUCAGAGCCAACCGAUGAAAAUAUUGCCCUGUAUUUCUUUCCAGCGGACACAAAAUGUGAAAGCAAGUUUGAUUCUUUAGUUGAGAUAAUGAUGCGAGAGGAAGUUGCAAUGAAAGCAGUUUUCAAAAAUGCUGAGCUUUUGAUUUUUACUUCUGAAGAAGUGCCACUGCUAUACUGGAGAUUGAAAGGGAAGUAUUAUCUCUGGGGAGUAUUUAGAGGAAGGAAGCUAUCAAGUAAUAGCGGUACCACUUCAAAGUGCGUAGACAACACUAUCGGUUCCUUUAAUCAACCCCGUGUUGGCUGCAAUACACAGGCUCAACUAGCUGCAUGCCACGAGCCAGGACUGCCUGUUAUUAAUAUUAUUUGGAGGGGAUGUUUCAAAAUAUGCUACAAAGAUUAUGACAUCUUAGAUGGACUUGCAGCUCAUUUACCAGUUAGAGCAAGCGAAAAGGUUUACAAGGAAGCAAAGUCAUUUCCACCAAUGCUUCAACUGGAGAUGCUUCCCGUAUCUGUUGUUUGGCCUGAGAGUUUCGAUACCUCAGUGCCAACUGAUCAAAAUAUUGACCUGUAUUUCUUUGCAGCCAAAAAAAAAUGUAGAAGCAAGUUUGUUUCUUUAGUUGAGAUGAUGAUGCAAGAGAGACUUGCAAUGAAAGCAGUUUUGGAAAAUUCUGAGCUUUUGAUUUUUACUUCCGUAGAACUGCCACUGAUAUACUGGAGAUUCCAAGGGGAGUUUUAUCUCUGGGGAUUAUUUAGAGAUAGCUAGCUAGGCUUCAAAGAUUUUCCCUUCUAAACACAAUUCAGAUGCAUGCAGAGACUCCUCUUAUAUAUGCCCCUUAGCUUCACCAGUUGGAGAUGGAUCGGAGAAGUUGUUUAAUUAGCACAACAUAUAUAUAGGUAUUAGUGGGGAAAAAUGACGUACCAAUUAGCUAGCUAACCUCUUUAAUUUGGUACAAGUACAUUAAAUAUUUAUUAUAAUGUUUUAUGGAUUGAAGGAGGACGUGGUCUCCUUAUGUU